GAAUGAUAAUGAUGAUAAGCUAUAAUUUCUCACUUAUAUAAAGUAUAAAUAUACAGUACGUCCAAGCUACAUCAUGUUCAUAAUUCUGUUUUACCUGUUCACUCGUUCCACUAUCUAUUUUUGGAAUUACAUGUUUAGGAGAAUGCACGAAAUCGACUAUCAAGAUAAUCAAUCAAAUUUGAACGAAUCGAAUGAAUCCAAUAACGAGGCCUUUUCUGAAUUGACAAAUUUCGGUGAAAGUUCCAAUGUGAACGAUGUGACGGAUGCCGAGAUGUUGGGAACAUUAGCACUUGAAUCAAGAAUUUCACAUAAUCAACACAAAAAAUUCGCCAAAUUCGUUACGCCAAAAGAUUCCCCUAUCUAUUCGAUGACACAGAAAAAGCGCGGCAAAUGUGUGAUAUUCAAUCACGAAAAGUUCGAAUAUGAAAGAGAAUCACGUCGAAAAGGGACGAAGUACGAUGAGGAUGCGAUAAAGAAAACAUUUUCUGCUCUUGGUUUCGAAGUGAAAGUCUAUAACGAUUUGAAGGUCAACGAAAUUAUGGAAGUCAUUACGAGUUUGCAAAAUGAAGAACAUGAUGAUUGCGACUGUAUAUGUUUCUUUGUAUUAACUCAUGGUAAAAUCGGUGAUAAUGUAUCUGCGUACGAUAUGACUUAUCCAGUACAGAUGAUUUGGCAACCAUUCAAUUCGGAUAGUUGCAUAUCAUUAGCUGGUAAACCAAAACUAUUUUUCGUACAGGCUUGUAGAGGUGUAGCCAGCGAUUCAGGUAUUCAAGGUAGAUCCUGUGGUACAGAUUCAGACGAAAUGACUUAUAUACUUCCUACGACUGCAGACUUUUUAUACGCUUAUAGCACCAUGGAAGGUUGUUAUUCAUUUCGUGAUACAAAUAGAGGUUCGUGGUAUAUUCAAACUUUGUGCAAAGUUAUUAAUGAGCGUUGGAAAGAUUGCGAUAUGUUAAAAAUGUUAACAAUAACAUUACGAAAAGUUGCUACGGAAUAUUCAUCUCAACAUGAUGAAUUGGAUAAAGACAAGAAGAAGCAAAUGCCUACUUUCACUUCAACAUUGACUAGAGAUUUAUAUUUUAAUUCGAAAUCCGCGGAAUAAUAACGAUUUGUUUCUAACGAAUUGAGAAUUUUAGAAGAAAAUCCAUCAUUACUGUUCAAAUCAUUAGAUAAGAUAAAAGGAAAACAAAAAAAAUUAUAAAACAAAGUUAAAAGUAUCUAUCAUCAUCAUUUUGUAUAAAUUAUGGUAACGAUUCAUCGUAUCGUUACAAUUAUUAGCUAGGUUAGAAUAUUAUCGCUCAAUGUUUAAAGAAAACUGGUUACAAUUAUUACUGUAGAUCUUUUUGAAAAUAUUAAUUAAUUUACUUUAAUUACAAAUUGAUAAAUGCAAUAAACGAAUCAAUGAAAAAAAAGAAAAUAGAUUAAUGGGAUUUAAGCAAGUAUUGGAGGAAAUAACCUUGAAUAAUUAAUAACUAACGUUGGGUAAAUUUUAUUCGUGAUAAGUGCUUUUAUUGUGAUAAGUGAGCAAAUGUGCGUGAAUAACUUAAUUAUCUCGCCUAGAUUUACGAUUUUUAACUAGCUAAUUUUCUUUUAUUAAGCCAUUAACUUUAUUAUAAAAGAGAAUUCAUUGUUUCCACGAAUGAAGCUUGUCACAGGAACUUUGCCACAUAAUAAGUAAUACUUACUAUUCUAUUCAAAAAGUUGAUGAAAUUACGUCAAAAUUACAGCAAAAUUCAAUUCUCUCUCAAAUAGAUGGUAUCUUCGAAGUAAUCUUAUUUCGAACGUAUAUACUCGUCCAGUGGUAUUUUUAUCUUCUUAUAAAACUUUAUUCAGAAUUUUCAUCGUUUUAUACUUUCAAUGUCUGUAAUUAGAUACCAUUUAUAAAUAAUCAUUGAUUUUAUAACUUUCGUUACAUUUGUUUUUGGCUAUCACUUCAUUUUUUUUUUUAAUCGAGUUUUAUGAGAAAUUUCUGAUUGAUGAAUUGUCAUUCAGUGGUAAAAAAUGAUAAAAAAAAAUUCAAAAAUCGUGACAAGCAAAAGAAAUAUAGACAAAUUAAUUUAUAAUUAAAAAAAUAAGUUAUAUUCCUCAGAAUAAAUAGGCAGACAAUUAAGGUGACAAUAAAAUAAUUAUUCUUUUUGAAUAAAGAAAAUAAGAAAAUUCUAGACAUCUGAAA